GUUAGACUGGAGUUUUUUUUUUUUUUUACGAGAGCAGAGAGCGGCUUUGGUCAUUUCUCCGUCAAAUUAAUCCAUAUUGAGUUCAAACAAAUAAAGGUUUCAUACGAUGGGAGAUAAGAAGAGCCCCACAAGGCCGAAGCGGCAACCCAAGCCCUCUUCUGACGAUGGUUACUGGGACUGUAGCGUAUGUACUUUCAGGAACACCGCCGAAGCUUUCAAGUGCAUGAUGUGCGAUGUCAGAAAGGGAACGUCAACCCGGAAGCCUCGCCCUGUCUCCCAAAUGGUUGCCCAGCAAGUCACUCCGCAGUUUGCUUCACCCACACAACCUAAAAAAGAGAAGAAGGAGAAAUCAGAGAAAGAGAAGAGUGAAAAGGAACCAACACUGAAAAAGAACAGCCACAAGAAGAUGAGGCCCAGGUUAAAAAACGUGGACCGGAGCAGUGCCCAGCACCUGGAGGUUACGGUGGGCGACCUGACGGUCAUAAUCACAGACUUUAAGGAGAAAACCAAGCCCGCCUCCACUCCUUCCAGUGUCGCCUCGGCAGACCAGCACAGUCCGAGCGGCAACAGCAGUUCUGACAACACAGAAAGGGGGGUGUCCCGGUCAUCCUCGCCGCGGGGGGAGGUGUCCUCGGUUAACGGCGAGAGUCACUAGUCUCCCUCCCUCCCCCAUUUCCUCCCUCCUCACCUAACAUAAUCUUGUGGAACCAGACAAGUGUGUCUCUGAAUAUUGCAUACAAAUCUGGCAUGCAAGAUUACGCCUAACGCUACACCCCUAUGUCCCCCCCCCCCAUAUCCGUCACCCCUCACUCCAACCCAACAUUUCAACAUGCACACAUUGUUAAAAAAAACACUUUUGCCAAUAAUACCAUCACUACCAGUUCGAAAUUAGGUUGGAUACUACACUGCAGUCCCAUGAUGAUAAGCAUUAUGAGGCUGGUGCUGGGAGGAGGCUGUGUAUCAUCAAUGUAUUGGUUUCAGACAAUAUCUAGGUCGUGUUCAGUAGGCAGCAAACAGAAGAAAAUUGACUGAAACUGGGAGGUUAUACCUGGACUCCAAUAAAUAAGAAACACUGAUAUUUGUUUGCUGUCGCACAACGUUUUAAAACAUUUUGUUAUGGUGUGCCCUAAUGAAAACAACCAUGGCCUGAGUGAACUGAACUGAAGCUGGGUCUUGACUGUUGAAUGAACCCUGCAUGCAUAGCUAGCGGAGUGAUGCCAUGUGAUGUGAUUGUAUUUCCUUACAACACCUCAGUGUUAUAGUGUCAUCACUCAUCACACACUUAGUGGUUGGUUGGUUUCUGUCUCUUACCAAUGUGGACUAUUGCAGAUUAAAAGAGUGCUUUAGCUACAGAGGAAUACGAAUAUGCAUUAUGAGUAGGGUUUCAAAAUUCUGGUAAUUUACCCAAAAUCCACAGGUUUUCCAGAAAUCCCCUGGAAGAUUCCCGGAUUCAGGAGAGGAUAAGUAGGAAAUUCAGGAUUCCGCCAACUGAGAUUCCCGGAAAACCUGGGAAUUUUGGGGAAGUUAGCAGAAUUUUGCAACAACCCUAAUUAUGAGAGAAUAAAUGUGAAGCAAGUGGUCCAUCUCUUGAUUGUAGAUUGACAAAGAUUAAUUUUGUUAGCAGCAGAUUGCACCUGCUGGCAUAUGGUGUGCAUUAAUUCAUGAGUAGAUAUUGGACCAGUUUCCCAGAUACAGAGUAGUCCUGGACUAAAAAUCACUGAAUGGAAAAUCUCCGUUGAACAUUCUUCUUAGUCCAAGACUAGGUUUAAUCUGUGUCUGGAAACAGGCCCAUUGUUUAACAAAGCAUUAUUUUCAGUUUGGCUAACAUUUUACUGCACAUGUUACUGAAUCAUAUCACUGUUUUAUGUUAUAGCCAGCCUUGUUGUCAUAUGUAUGUCAAUGAGAAUCUCAAUUAUUGUGUUACUGUUUGUUUGAGUCAAAAUUGAGAAUAUUGUUAAGUAUGCUUCUCUUCCACAAGUUUGUAGAGUCAAGCAUGCUGUCAUCAACAGUGGUUUAUAUUGUAAAAUAUGAAAUAAAACUGAACUGAUAGGUUCAUCAGUCAGA